AUGGGCACGUCACUGUCGACACCGUCUCCGGUCAAAGCAUUGAUUGGGCAAUUCGAUCGGCUUCAAUUAUGUAGCAAAGAAAAGAAAAACGUCGACGACGAGACACCAGAACCCAGCAAAGCUCCUGUGACAUCAUCCGUAAUGGAACCGAUGAAUGUAAGUACUGCAACGCCAGCUUCAAUGGAGGUAUCGACGACGUCUGAAAUUAAUCACGAACCAUCUAAGGAGGUGGAACCCUCCAACGAUGUUCCCAAAGAAAACCACGUGAAUCUGGCUUCCACAGCAAAAAAGUCUGGAGAUAUGCGAACGGGCGAAGAUUUUGUGGUGCUUCUCGAAUCUGUUCGAUCGAGACUGGAAGCAUCUAUCAAGCAGGCGUUGUCUGAACUUGAAGAGAAAGCCGCUGCCGAGCAGCGUCGAAAGGCUUUGGCAGAAGCGAAGCAGAAAGCGCGAGCUGCACAACAACAGGCUCAGACUACUUCAACGGAGAAGGACGUCAGUGCUCAGCCAUGCUCAGAUGUGCUGAUGGUCCUGUAA